AUGGCGAUCUGUACUUAUAACGCACGUACGCUUGCAUCGGAAGCGGCCAUCGAAGGUCUGAUGAUGCAAGCCAAGAAGAUCAAGUACGACGUCAUCGGACUGACCGAGACGAGACGACGUCACCCUCUCAACGCCGUAUAUGAGACUGGAGAAGAACUGUUCUUAGGAACAUGCGACAGUAGAGGUGUUGGUGGAGUUGGCGUUCUCGUCAACACGAGUAUGGCAAAGAACAUCGACUCUUUCGAACAACUUACGACCCGAAUCGGACGUCUGCGGAUGAGAAGAUGUGGCCCAAAACCAGCUUUGACUAUCUUCGUCGCUUACGCUCCAACAUCAAGCUACGAAGAAGAAGAAGUCGAAGCUUUCUAUAUGGACCUGGAGAAAUUCUACCAAGAAGAUCAUGCCUUCUACAAGGUCAUAGUUGGCGAUUUCAACGCUAAGGUUGGCCCAAGAAGAACGCCGGAGGAACUUCACAUCGGGACCCACGACCUACAAUGGAAUGACCAGGGAGAGAGGCUCUCCGAGUUCAUCAUGACGACUAAGACCAUCCAUGGGAACUCGCAAUUUCAGAAGCCCUCUUCUUUACGCUGGACGUGGGAGUCACCCGGUGGAGGGUACCGUAAUGAAAUAGACCACAUCAUCGUCAAUAAAAGGUUCUGCCUGAUGGACGUCGGUGUUGUACCAAAGUUCUAUACGGGAUCGGACCAUCGCCUCCUCCGAGGAAGAUUUUCCUUCACAAGGAGAGCAGAGAAAGCCGCCAAGUUCAGAGAGAGAAAUCCCAGGACUACCAUCAACUGGGAUCUCUUCGCUACGCUAGCCGGCUUUUGGGAAGAUUCUGCAAUGGACAACAUCGACGAGGAAUAUGACCGACUUGUCGAACACCUUCACGACUGCGCGAAGAAGGCUGAGAGUUUUAAAACCACCAGGAGGCGCCUGUCUCUUGAAACUCUUGAGCUGAUACGCCAGCGUGGAGCAGCACGAGCCGCAGGGAACCAAGAACUCACGUCCGAGCUCGCAAGGCUUUGCCGAGAGGCGAUAAAGGAAGACCUUAAAGAGAGAAGAGCAGAAGUGCUGGCUGAAGCUGCAGAGGCGGGGAAAAGCAUCCGCUAUGCCCGUCGAAACUUCGCCAGUCGCAAGACGAGGAUGACUGCUCUCCGGAACCCAAAGGGGACAGCCAUUGCAUCGAGAAGGGGGAUGGAGAAAAUCAUCUACGACUUCUUCUCUGAUCUCUUCGACAGCCAUGUCCACUUGCCUCCUCAUCAUCUGAGGGAAGAUGGACAAGUCAUCCCAGAGGUUCUCCCGUCCGAAAUACGACAUGCUAUCAUGUCGGUAAGAAAUCGUACGGCACCCGGUCCCGACAGAAUAAGACCAGAACACCUGAAGAGCCUUCCACCAGUACUCAUCAAUAUCCUGGCGAGGCUCUUUACACGUUAUCUGUCGGAAUGCAAGGUUCCUAAACAGUGGAAGACCAGCAAGACCGUGUUGUUGUAUAAAAAGGGAGAUCCACAUGACAUCGGCAACUAUCGCCCAAUCUGCCUACUGUCCAUCAUCUACAAGCUCUUUACAAGAGUAAUCCUUAAUAGGAUUGAAAAAGUCUUGGAUGAAGGACAGCCAUGCGAGCAAGCAGGGUUUCGAAAAGGAUUCAGCACGAUUGACCACAUUCACACUGUUUCGAAACUCAUCGAGGUAUCACGAGAGUACAAGAUGCCGCUCUGUCUCACCUUCAUCGACUUAAAGAAGGCUUUCGACUCGGUUGAGACGGAAGCGAUCGUGGAAGCCUUGGACAACCAAGGCGUCCCUACUCAGUAUAUAAAGGUACUUCGAGAGUUGUACAGUAACUUCACGACCGGAAUUUCGCCAUUCUACAAGAACAUCAUCAUUGACGUGAAGAGGGGGGUCCGACAGGGUGAUACAAUUUCACCCAAAAUAUUCACAGCCACCCUCGAGAACGCAAUGCGAAAGUUGGAAUGGGACGACAUGGGAGUGAAGGUUGAUGGUCGGCACUUACACCAUUUGCGCUUUGCUGAUGACAUCGUACUGGUAACACCUAGCAUCAGCCAAGCGGAACGAAUGCUGACCGAAUUCGACGAAACAUGUGGAUGCAUCGGUCUUCAGCUGAAUCUACAAAAGACGAUGUUCAUGCGGAACGGAUGGGUCUCGGAUGUCCCAUUCACGCUCAACGGAACGAACAUAUCCGAAUGCACCAGCUACGUUUAUCUGGGUCGGGAACUGAACAUGAUGAACGACCUGACCCCCGAGCUGGGCAGGAGGAGACGAGCGGCUUGGGGAGCGUACAAGAGCAUUGAGGAUGUAGUGAAGAAGACCAGGAACACCCGGCUCCGUGCUCACCUCUUCAACACCACCGUACUUCCUGCUUUGACCUAUGCUUCGGAAACCUGGGCAUUUCGCAAGCAGGAAGAAAGCGCGGUGAGCGUCAUUGAACUCGCAAUUGAGAGAGUGAUGCUAGGAGUAUCCCGUUUCACGCAAGUGAGGGACGGGAUUCGAAGUUCUCUCCUACGUCAGCGAUCGAAGAUUAGAGACGCCGCCGCGUUUACCAAGGAAAGUAAAAUAAGGUGGGCCGGACACGUGAUGCGCUUUGAUGACAACCGUUGGACCAGAGCCGUGAGCGACUGGGUUCCCCGCGAUAUUAAGCGCACUACAGGAAGACCGCCGACCCGAUGGUCAGAUUUCUUCACGAAGUCCUUCAAAGAAAAAUAUGAUGUUCUUCGUGUCCCACGCGAAAGGAGGAACCACUGGGCUACUCUGGCACGCGAUCGGGACAAAUGGAAGAAUUACUGGCGCCCGCUCGGCCAGUUCGAAGAUCAACGGGAGUCAAGGUGA